GAAUUUUGCCCGUGGAUCCUGUCGGUGGGGCCAGAGCUGCCGCUUCUCCCACGACAUAAAGUCAACCCACGUCUGCGGGCACUUCCAGAGCGGGUUUUGCAGCUACGGAGAGCGGCGCGGCUAUGAGCAUAGCCAAGAGGAGCCGGUGGGGUCCCAUUACAGCCCCGUGCCCCUCGGCCACUGGGGCUCGGAGCCCGGCUGUGUGCCUGCAACAGUGGCCCGGGGCUGGAGGGGAGCCCAGCGCAGCUCGGCCUGCCCUGUCCCCGCUGUGACGCACCUUGCCUUCAAGUUCAUGAGCAUGGAGGUUGAGGAGGAAGAGAAAGACAAGGAGAGCGUCCCAGCACCUGAUAACGUCCCCCGCAGGGCCAUUGGCAGAAAAUCUGUCCCUGCACGAGCUCGGCGUGCCUCAGGCCAGGGCAGUGAUGGAGCCAGGGGGCUGCUCUGCUUGCAGGUCCCCGUGGAGCCGGGCGCUGCAGCGGCCCUGGCCCCCACCGCGGCACUGAGGGCGCGGAGCGAGGCCGUGGUGUGCGGCAUCUGCAUGGAGCGGGUGUACGAGAAGGCGCUGGCGGGGGGGCGGCUCUUUGGGAUCCUCCCAAACUGCAGCCACGCGUACUGCGUGGGCUGCAUCCGCAAGUGGCGUCGCAGCCGGGACUUCCAGAGCACGGUCAUCAAGGCCUGCCCGGAGUGCCGGGUCACCUCCAGUUACUACAUCCCCCACAAAUACUGGGUGUCGGAGGUGGGCGAGAAGGAGAAGCUCAUCGAAACCUUCAAGGCACGGAUGGGGAAAAUCCGGUGCAAGUUCUUUGUCCGGAAUCGCGGCCGCUGCCCGUUCCAGUCCGACUGCCUCUACCUCCACGAGCUGCCCGAGUGCAGCCCUUCUCCCUCGGAGAGCUCUGACGAGGAGGAUGAGGAGCUCUGCAUGUGGGCUUUCACCCUGGCUGAGAUGAACUUUCGGUACUCGCGUUACGGCGCCGAGAUGUUCUUCUCCGGCUUCAGCGACUCCGACUAA